UGUGAGUGAUAUGAGUAAAUCUAAAGUCAUCAAUGCUAUCUGUUCUUACUUUGAAUUUAAUUCUCAAAGAAAUACUCUUCUUGUUUUAGCUCUAACAGGAAGCACUGCUACUAAAAUUGGAAGAAAUACUCUUUAUUCUGUAUAUGAAUUUGGUUUUGGAGAAUCUUUUAAAAAUAGAUAUAGUUUAUCUAGAGAAUCAUUAUAG